AUGAAGGUCAUCCUUGCCAUCAACUCGGGCUCCAGCUCCGUGAAGAUCUCGGUCUACUCUGCUGAGUUUAAACAGUCACCCCGUCAGAUUGCAGAAACAGUCGUUAGUGACCUGACGGCCCCACCUGCAAAAGUUUCUUAUACUCGUGGCGGCACCGAGGUCAAGAAAAACGAAGAUCUCGAGGAUAAUGUUUCGACACAGGACGACGCCUUUAAGGUGCUUCUCAAGACACUGAUUGAGGACCCUGAACUUCCGCAAAUCAAACAAAAGAGCGAUAUUGCGCUGACCUGCCACCGCAUCGUCCACGGAGGCGAUUACUCCUGCUCCCAAAUAAUCACCCAGGACACAUAUCACCAUCUGGAAGAACUUAGUGACCUCGCUCCCCUGCACAACGGUCCCGCUCUCGACAUCGUCAACUCGUGCGUGAAGCAGCUCCCCGAUGCUGUUAACGUUGCCUGUUUUGACACGCAGUUCCACUCAACUAUUCCCGAGCACGUCCGCACCUAUCCCAUUGACCAGGAAGUUGCCAAUAAGAACCACCUAAGAAAAUACGGAUUUCAUGGUGUUAGCUACUCCUUCAUCACUCGCUCCGUCUCCGAGUUCCUCGGGAAACACACCAAGGACCUGAACAUCAUUGCCCUCCAUCUGGGAAGCGGUGCAAGCGCGUGCGCCAUCCGCAACGGCCAAAGCUGGGAUACCAGCAUGGGACUGACUCCUGUUGCUGGAUUACCAGGAGCCACACGAAGCGGAAGUGUAGACCCUAGUCUCGUCUUCCAUUACGCAAGUGAUGUCGGCAAACUGUCUCCAAACUCAACAUCUAAUCUGCACCUUACCCAGGCGGAAGAGAUUCUCAACAAGCGGAGCGGAUGGAAGUCACUUACAGGAACAACCGACUUUGGGAUAAUCGCUUCCUCAGACGAGCCGACUCACAAGCUUGCCUUCGACAUCUUUGUCGAUAGAUUAUGCGCUUUCAUUGGCUCCUACUUUGUCACACUUAAUGGCAACGUGGAUGCAUUGGUUUUCGCCGGCGGCAUUGGUGAGAAGAGCGAUAAGUUGCGGAAGCGGGUUGUCGAACAAUGCGCCUGCUUGGGCUUCACCAUCGACGAUGCACUGAACGGCAAGCAAAUAACAGGCACGGUCCAGGAGGUUGGCAACGAAGACGCCAAGUGCCGUACGCUGGUCUGCCAGACGGACGAGCAGUACGAGAUGGCGAGACUUUGCACCGAAACGAAGGAGCUCUGGUAG